CUUGACGACAAGUUGGGAGUCCUUCCAACGCGGCGGCUCCUUUCGACCACCAUUGACUACAUCAGACAUACAUAGCUUCCUUGCGUCCGUCGAUGGGGCUCACAUCGACCAGGUGGAUGGCGCAGCCGCCGCCGCCGCCGGAGAUGGAGAGACCUGCUGCUUCCGGGGCGCUCAUCUACGCCAUGGUGGCGCGGGGCACGGUGGCGGUGGCGGAGCACACGUCCUACACGGGCAACUUCCGGGACAUCGCCGCGCAGUGCCUGCACAAGCUGCCGGCGGGGAACAACCGGUUCACCUACACCUGCGACGCCCACACCUUCAACUUCCUCGUCAGCGACGGAUACGCAUACUGCGUCGUUGCCACCGAGUCGGCUGGGCGGCAGAUCCCUAUGGCCUUCCUGGAGAUGAUAAAGGAGGAAUUCAACAGGAGAUAUUCAGGUGGCGAAGCAGGAACGGCUACAGCCAACAGUCUCACCCGAGAUUUCGGGCCCAGGCUUAGAGACCAGAUGCAGUACUGCACGGAUCACCCAGAGGAAGUGAGCAAGCUGUCCAGAGUGAAGGCCCAGGUGGAUCAGGUGAAAAGCAUCAUGAUGGAAAACAUCGACAAGGCCUUUGAUCGCGGACAGCAGAUCGACGGGCUUGUCACAAGGACGGAGCAGCUCCACGACGAGGCCGUUGAUUUCAGGCGGCAAGGCGUGCAGCUGCGGCGCAGGAUGUGGUACCAGAACAUGAAGGUGAAGCUCAUCGUCCUCGGCGUCGUGGUCGCGCUCAUCCUUAUCAUAGUCCUCUCAAUUUGCCAUGGCGGAUGCAGCAAGUGAUUAUUUUUUUUUUUAAAAAAUGUGCUGGUGCUGGUCUUUUGCUCGCUACCUAUAAACAUAUCUAAUUUAGAGAUUCUACUUUUUUACUAUAUAUCAUCAGAGUCACUUUCUUGCUCCCCUCUAACCUAGAGAACUUUUCUCGGCAAGAUGUAUUUACUUAAAAAAAAGAUCAUAGUAGAAACUACUAAAGACCGUGUUUUAUUUGCA